AUGUUCCUAUCAGAUCAGCACUUACCUCUCCCACUUACCUACCUCUCCCACCAGGCAGCGGCAUCACCAGGCGGCGGAUCGCGCGCCACGUGUGCCCUUUCCGCGCUGAUUCCCUUCUUUUCCAGCCUUUUCCCGCCGCUUCCCGCUCUUGCCCAUGGUUUCCCAUGGUUUUCCUUCCCGCCGUUUCCCGCCGUCUUCCUCGGUCAACUUGAUCCCCUCCGUUUCCUGCUCGUUCCGCGCUGCAGGCGGCGCAAUGUGCUCGUUUCCGCGCUGCAGGCGGGGCGAUGUGCGCGUUCCGCGCUGCAGGCGGCGCAAUGUGCGCGUUCCGCGCUGCAGGCGGGGCGAUGUGCGCGUUCCGCGCUGCAGGCGGGGCGAUGUGCGCGUUCCGCGCUGCAGGCGGGGCGAUGUGCGCGUUCCGCGCUGCAGGCGGGGCGAUGUGCUCGUUCCGUGCUGCAGGCGGGGCGAUGUGCGCGUUCCGCGCUGCAGGCGGGGAGAUGUGCUUGUUCCGCGCUGCAGGCGGGGCAAUGUGCUUGUUCCGCGCUGCAGGCGGGGCGAUAUGCUCGUUCCGCGCUGCAGGCGGCGCGAUGUGCUCGUUCCGCGCUGCAGGCGGCGCAAUGUGCACGUUCCGCGCUGCAGGCGGGGCGAUGUGCGCGUUCCGCGCUGCAGGCGGCGCAAUGUGCUCGUUCCGCGCUGCAUGUGGCGCAAUGUGCGCGUUCCGCGCUGCAGGCGCGGCGUGUUGCUUCUUUCCUGAUUCCCGCCCUUUUCUGCCGGUUUCCCGCCUUGUACGAAGAACGUAUGACCGUGGCGCCGCCGCCCGCCUCUCAGCCAAUCACGGAUGGCCACGUGGCGGGGCAGGUGGGCAACGGCGCGGCGAGGAGAGAGGCACGAGAGGUGGCUGAGCACUCAUCUCUGCUCCCCUGCGCUCACCUCUGCUCCCCUGCGCUCACCUCUGCUCCCCUGCGCUCACCUCUGCUCCCCUGCGCUCACCUCUGCUCCCCUGCGCUCACCUCUGCUCCCCUGCACUCACCUCUGCUCCCUGCACUCACCUCUGCUCCCCUGCACUCACCUCUGCUCCCCUGCACUCACCUUUACUGUUCACCCACUUUUCACACCACCGUUUCCCCGUCCCCCACUGUUCACGCCAUUGUUUCCCCGUCCCCCACUGUUCACGCCAUUGUUUCCCCGUCCCCAAAUGUUCACACCACUGUUUCUCCGUCCCCCGUUGUUCACACCACGGUUUUUUCCCCACUGUUCACCCACCUUUUGUUCCCUCUGUUCCCUCUGUUCACCCCUCUGCCAUCCCCGCUUGCUCGCCAUGCUCCCCGCACUCACCGUGCUAUGCUCCUCCCCUCCCCCCACUCACUCAUUGCCCGAAACAUCCAGCCAGGCGUCGUUACCCUCCUGUACUGCCCUCGUCCUCGCCUCGUCCGUCCCCCGUACUCACCUCCUCUCGUCCUCUCUUCUCACCUCCUGUCCACCCCUCUUCUCACCCUCCCUGUCCCCCCACUCAUCUCUGCUCCCCUGCGCUCACCUCUGCUCCCCUGCGCUCACCUCUGCUCCCCUGCGCUCACCUCUGCUCCCCUGCGCUCACCUCUGCUCCCCUGCGCUCACCUCUGCUCCCCUGCGCUCACCUCUGCUCCCCUGCGCUCACCUCUGCUCCCCUGCACUCAUCUCUGCUCCCCUGCGCUCACCUCUGCUCCCCUGCGGUCACCUCUGCUCCCCUGCGCUCACCUCUGCUCCCCUGCGCUCACCUCUGCUCCCCUGCGCUCACCUCUGCUCCCCUGCGCUCACCUCUGCUCCCCUGCGCUCACCUCUGCUCCCCUGCACUCACCUCUGCUCCCCUGCACUCACCUCUGCUCCCCUGCACUCACCUUUACUGUUCACCCACUUUUCACACCACCGUUUCCCCGUCCCCCACUGUUCAUGCCAAUUGUUUCCCCGUCCCCCACUGUUCACGCCAUUGUUUCCCCGUCCCGAAAUGUUCACACCACUGUUUCUCCGUCCCCCGUUGUUCACACCACGGUUUUUUCCCCACUGUUCACCCACCUUUUGUUCCCUCUGUUCCCUCUGUUCACCCCUCUGCCAUCCCCGCUUGCUCGCCAUGCUCCCCGCACUCACUUGCUAUGCUCCCUCCCCCCACUCACUCAUUGCCCAAAACAGCCAGCCAGGUGUGGGAGCGUGAGGUGGAGCACGUGUCCGGAGGAGAGCUGCAGCGCUUUGCCGUUGGAGUGGUGGGGGGGCAGCUGGGAGACAGACAUCUACAUGAGGCGAGCUGCAAGCGGUUUGCCAUUGGAAGUGGUGGCGGGGCAGCUGGGAGACAUCUACAUGUUCGAUGAGCCUUCCAGCUACCUGGACGUGCGGCAGCGAUUGAAGGCAGCGCAGGUCAUCCGCUCGCUGCUGCGCCCCGACAGAUACGUGAUUGUGGUGGAGCGUGACCUGAGUGUGCUCGACUAUCUCUCCCACUUCAUAUACGUCAUUGUGGUGGAGCACGAUCUCAGUGUGCUCGACUAUCUCUCGGACUUCAUCUGCUGCCUCUACGGCAAGCCCGGUGCCUACGGGGUGGUCACGCUGCCCUUCUCCGUGCGAGAGGGCAUCAACAUCUUCCUGGCUGGCUUCGUGCCAACCGAGAACCUGCGCUUCCGAGACGAGUCGCUCACAUUCAGGGGGACGAAAACCCUGGUGGAUAAUCCUGAGGAGGGAGGCCAAGACGUACAGUCGGUUCGGUACAGGUAUUUGGGCAUGAUCAAGAAGCACGGCGGGUUCAACCUCCUCCUUCCCCUCCCUCACUCCAUUCUUUCACCCCCCUUCAUUCCAUCUCAGGUGGCUGAAACCCCGGUGGCUGAAACCCCGGUGGAUAAUCCUGAAGAAGCCAAGACGUACACGCGCUACAAGUACCCGCGCAUGGUCAAGAAGCAGGGCGGGUUCAAGCCCCUCCUUCCCCUCCCCCCCCUCUCCAUUCCAUCUCAGGUUGCUGAAACCCCAGUCGAUAACCCUGAAGAGGCCAAGACGUACACGCGCUACAAGUACCCGCGCAUGGUCAAGAAGCAGGGCGGAUUCAAGCUGACGGUGGAACCUGGUGACUUCACGGACUCACAGAUCGUGGUGAUGCUGGGGGAGAACGGCACCGGCAAGACCACCUUUAUCCGCAUGCUGGUAGGGAAGCUGUCUCUCAUGGGUGCGCAUGCUGGUAGGCACAUCUUGCACGUCUCUUUGGCUCUCUCUCCUCCCUGUCCCUUCCAUGAUCCAUCUUCCAUCCCUCCUCUCUCCCUUCCCAGGCGGCUCUCUCAAGGCCGGACCCAGAUGAGGAAACCGCAAGGAGGCCCAAGAUCCGACGAGGAGACCGGGAAAGAAGCUGAGGACCUCCCGGAGUUCAACGUGUCGUACAAGCCGCAGAAGAUCAGCCGCAAGUUCCCCCUCUCAUACCCUCUCGUUCCUCUCCUUUCCGCUCUCCUGUGUCCUUCUCAACCCCUUACAGGCUG